UUAGAGCCUUUUCCUGGUGCAAGCCAACCCCAUUCGCGGUAUAAAAGCAGCUCAGUUCACUCAGUCCGUCAGAAGGCGCCUGAACUUAUCGUUGGCAAAAGACAGCUAAUAAAGCAGCACUUUAAAAAUGAACAAGGUAACUUUUAUCCUCGCCCUCAUGGUGGCUGUAGCCGUGGCUAUGCCUCAACGGCCAUUCCGUCCACGUCCGGGUGGCUUCCAACAACCAGGGUUCGGAGGAUUCAAUAAUUUUGGUGGUUCUGGAACCGGAGCUGGAGCAGGAACUGGUAGUGCUGGACCUGGAGGAGUAUCUGCAUCUGGAGUCGGUAUCUCAAGUGCUCAAAACGGUGGAUUCGGUACAGGUUCCGGCAGUGGAACAGCAUUUAUUGGUCCCUUUGGUCAGGCUGGUGCCACAGGACAGGGUACCGGAAGCAGUGCUGGGAAAUAAGCUGAAUCUAGCUUAUUGAACCCUUGUUAUUAUUGUGCAAAUACUGUUAAUUACAACCUUUAAAAUUUUGAA